CAAGUUGAACGAGGUCUUGAACGUUGGAAGACCAACUGAAACUGCGAGCCUAGCACUGUUGCCGAUAAUGUCUGAAUCAAUUCUCACAAACGCUCGAUAUGGCAAGGACCUCGUUCGCCUCUUUCGUGUUGUUCGGGAUGGCGAGUUUCACCAAGUCGUGGAAUAUAAUGUCAGAGUACUCCUAGAAGGCGAGAUCGAGACAAGCUACACGGUUGCAGACAACUCCGUUAUUGUUGCAACAGACUCUAUGAAGAACAUCACAUAUUAUCUUGCCAAGAUUUCACCCCACAUCCUCAGCCCAGAACGGUUCGCAUUGCAUCUUGGAACUUACAUCGUUUCCAAGUAUGCGCAUAUAAACCGUGCAUUCGUUACCUUGGAGAAGUUACGUUGGUCUCGCAUUGCCUUGAGUGCAAAUGACCAUCCGCACCCGCAUUCGUUCAUUAGAGACGGGAAUGACAUACAGACGGUCGAGGUCGAGGUCGAUGCCUCUGCUGGCAAGGACAAGCUCUCAGCUAAAGUAACAUCGGGAAUUACCGAUCUCUUGGUGCUCAAGUCGGGUGGUUCUGCGUUUCAUGGAUACAUCCGCGAUGAGUACACCACGCUGCAGGAAGUGGACGAUCGUGUUUUGUCAACCUCCGUGGACCUGACUUAUACAUUCGCGCCCUUAUCGCUCAUCUCCCCCGCUGAUGACAAGAAACUCGGUUUCAUCGUCCCAGAGGGCUUCGCCCUCGGAGGUGUUUGGGAUGCAGUUAAUGUUGCGACGCGGGCGAGAACUGCGACGCUCGAUAUUUUUGCCCUGGAUUCCAGCGCUAGUGUGCAAGCAACGUUGUUUAAGAUGGGGCAACGCGUCAUCGCGGAGAACGCGGGCGUUGAGUCCGUCACGUACAACCUGCCAAACAAGCACUAUAUCCCAGUUAAUAUGGCGUACAUUGGAGUGGAUAACACUACACCGGCGAAUGCUGAAGUGUUCGUGCCCGUCUCCGCACCAAGCGGGUUGAUCUCCGCCACGAUCUCGCGCAAAUAGGUGACAUCAAAUGGCGUCACACGCUAAAUUGCCAGCAUUGUCUUGACGACGGGAACGGCAAUUUGUUUAGGUUUUCGAACUUUUAUUUUGAUUUUUAGGGAAGAUGAUGUGGAGGAUGAAGAAUGGAGAGGAUGAUUUGGAAGAAGGUCAGAGUUGUAGGAUGAACAGAACCUAUAAUGAAUGGAAUGACAGUUAGGAGAGAGA